UUCUUGAAAAGUCAGUUCAGGUGUAACUGCUCUAAAGAGUUAACGUGCGCAUCACGUCGUCGGGCUUUGCUAACUUGUCGAUUGUAGCUAUUUUUUUUAUUAUUUCAUUUGAAUUUGUUUAUUAAUUGUCGUCGGAUUGAAUAUUAAAUUUUUAGUAAAAAAAAAUCUAAUUGGUCUAAAAACUUGUAAUCUGUUCUAAAACACUGGAUGGGGUGUUCUUCACGUCAAGAUUAAAUUAGAAGAGUAUUGAACUCAAUUUUUUCCAUUCUGAGUUUUCACAAUAAAAUUAAUACAAAAAAGUGAUCAUCCAAAGAAAAAUUCAACUCUAUCAUGUUCAAGAAUCUAAAAUUAAUAACUAUCAUCAAAGACUAUUAUAAAUGACAAAAUAUAAAAAUAGAAAAAAAAAUGUGGGGGUGUAAUAUGCGUGUUUAGAGAAAAAUCUUGAUUUUUAAUGAAAACACACAAAAAUUUGCAUUUCAAUCGUAAACCGACAAAAUAAAUUAAUAAAUCAUCUGAGAAUUAAAAUAAAAAAUAUAAAUCAAUAAAGAAGAAAAGAAAAAUUAAAAUUGCUUUUCAAAUGAUCGAAUGGUGGUGAUUUUAUUAUUGACACGAUCGACAACAAAUGGCUGUGAUGGAGGAUCUAACGAAAGUACAUCGACAACAUCUACCGGUGUUACAGCAAUUCCAACUUCUGCCUAUAGAGCAUAUCAACAACAACAGGAUUAUUAUAAUCAUCAACAUCAACAACAAAAUCAACAAUCUAGUCAUAAUUCACAUCCACAUCAUCAUCAUCAAUAUUCGGCGGCUGAAAGUCAAGGACCCUCCUCAAGAUACACCAGCAACAACAAUGGAGGUCCAACAAUUCAUAAAAAACCCUACAAAGUCACUUUCGAAUUUGACCAACCUUCCUACCGACAACAAUACAAUCCUGACGAGGAUAGUCCUUCUGCUAAUCAGCGUCAUCCUUCAUCACAAUCCAACCUGCCAUUAUCCCCAUCAUCGCCGCCACCACCGCCACUGCCAAAAAGUCUACCACCAAAUAUUCAACCCUGCGUUUAUUCAUCAUCAUCAGAAAUCAAUGCUCUGCCAAAGCCACCGCGUCGACAGAAACAGCAUCGCAACAAUACAGCGGCUUCUGGUUCGGCCGAACGAAAUUAUAAUCCUGCGCUACCAUCGACACCAUCCCUGUUGGAACAGCCAUUACUUAAUUCUAAUACCGUUACUAACACAAAAGACUUUGUCCGUCACGUGACCCGUGUUAAUUUUUACGAUGUUGAUUGUUUACAGGUGGAUUAUGGAAACGAUGAUGACGAAAGCUGCGAUACCGAAGCAAUUACCAAAGAAGAAGAAUGGAUUACGAAAAAGAAAACCGAAUUAACAACAACACGACAAAUAGAAACUAGAGUAAAACGACAAGUGGUGCUUGAAGAUGGCAAAGUUAUUGAAGAUUCAGGCCCAAUUGUAUCAACAAAUACAACCGAAGAUACUGAUAAACAAGAAACUGAAACAACUGAGCGACGUGACUUAGGAAGUCCCAAACCUUUAGCAAUUGAAUCUGGCAAAGAUGAAGUUGACAAUGGAACUGUAAAUCAAUUGGCCAAUCCAGAUGAUAAACAAUUAGAUAAUUUUAGUGGAACUGUGAUACAAAAAUUUGUACCACGUCCUGCUGAUGGUUUGGUACGAGAAAUCAAUGAAAAACGUGUUGUUUCACGCGAAGAGAUUAAAGAUCGACUCGAAACAGAAGAUGUUCGACAUUUGGGUGACUUUUCUGAUGAGGCUUAUGUUAAUGCCGUAAACAGUGGUGCCGAAAAUAUCGAAACCAUUCUCUAUUCUCCAGAAAGUCAAAAACAAUUAGUACCAACAGGUCCUCGAGUUAUUCAACAAUCGACAAAAGGCCACAAAACAAUCGAUACAGAGGACAUCCAACAACGGUCUUUAGCUCAAGCCGAUGGUACUUUGGUCACUGAAAAGAAGAACACAACUGAACACGAGGAAAUUUUUGACGAAGAACUACCCGAAAAAGACGAUAAUUCUACGGGAAGUAAGGAGAAGAUUUUUACCACCGAAUCAUCCCAAAGGUUCUUAAAACAACGUGAUGAACAAGAAGUUGAAUUUGUAGUCGAUGGUAAAGUCAUAAGCAAAGAGAUGCGUUACGCCGCCGAAACCGAACAAAUGGAACGUGAUGGAGCACCCGAUCGACCUGGUGACUGGGAUAGUUUAUCUGCCCGAAUUCGAAAAGCUAAACGAGCACCAAAGACUUUAUUACAACAACAAAAAGAGGCGGCUCUGCUAUCUGAUCGGAAGGAUGCACUAACAAAACGGCCAUUAGAUUUUGAUCGUGAAGAAGAAACACGCAAAGGUGAAACCAUGAAGUGGCUUGAAUCACAUUUUGGCAGUGAAUCAACAGCAUCCAAUGACUCUCGAGAUGAUUAUCAAGAAAUCGAACCUACAAAGAAGACUUAUUUCAAUGUGACCAUCAAAUCUAAUCCGACAACACCGCCAAAUGUUGUUCCAGUUAGUUCUGGCCUAAUACAUAGUGUGGGAAAGCCUGCUAGGGUUAUAGUUGCAGAUCAUGAUCUUGAGAAAGGCAAGACAUAUUUUCAAGGUAUCUCUAAUUGGGCUGAUCGAAAAGAGUCAACUCCGAAACACUUCGCAACGAAAGCUUUUCGAGAUGAGUUGAAGGGAACUUUGGAUAGUCGAAAUCGUAUCAAACAAAAUGCCUCCAGGGAAGAUCUAUCGACUUAUUAUCCCAAGGAAAGUGCAGCGAGAAAUGAGACUUAUGUUACACGAGAAGAUAUCCUUCAGCAAAAGAGGCAAUAUAAUUCUCGAAGUGACUUACGAUAUCGCAGUAGCUCCCGAGAAGAUUUGGUCGACAUGAAGAAUAUUCGCUCUCAGAAAGAAGACCUGGGAUAUCUGAGUGGUUCCAGGACUGAUGUGAGAUAUCAUAGACCAGACUCGACUGAGGAAAACAUGCGAAACUUAAAGAAUGCAAAAAAUGCUAGCUACUUAAAGCGGGAAGACUCAGGGUACGUUAAAGACUCUAGUGAAGAUGUGACAUCUUCAAACUUGCGAUGUGAUGGUGAAGAUGAUGUCAGGAUAGUCGCGGAGAAAUAUCGCUCCGGAAUGAUGGUACAAGACGACUCAGCAUAUGUCUCGUCACCGACUUAUUUCAAUGAGAACCGCCUCCCAAAAUCCCCAGAAUAUGACCUUGGAUCUCCAUCUUCCGAAAUUGUUAGCCAUCACGAUACCACAUUAUCUCGUCCAGCUGUCCCGCAGCGAAGACGUGGCAUAGAGAAAAAGGUUCGCCAACAACCAGCGCCCAUUGUAGCUCCAAAAUUCCACCAUCGAGACGAACCACCUCCAGACUAUUCGCCACCUCCUCAAAGUCGUUCAGCAUCACCGGCACAAACUCGUUACAAUGCCCCACCUCCACCAGCUAUCACCCCUUACACCGGUAAUCCAGCUAACAUGUCAACUACUGCCAACGGAGUUUCAUCGCGGAAAUCGAACCAGCGCACACGUUUCGCAUCUGAGUCAUCUUCGGCGAGCCAACAUCAAAUGCGACCCUCAAUGUCAACUCAAACUACACAAACAUCACCGCCAUCUGCUGGUGGCGGCGGUAAUAGCAGCAACAAACAAUCAUCGACAAAAGUCGGUCAGGCUAUUGGUAAUUCUUUUCGCAAAUUAGUUGGCAAAAUACGUUCGGCUAGUGCCGAGAGAAAAUUCCGAAUGAAAUCAAAAAGCAAAAGCCGCGACAAGUCGCCUAUAAAUGGUGGACCACCAUCGCCAAAUGGUGGAGGAAUGUCCACUUAUCAGCAAUACAAUGUUAUCGAUAGUCAUAUUGGAGGCGGUAAUGGUGGUAGUGGUGGUGUUGGCCAAGCAGGUAGUAGUACUGUGACAACAACUUCCUCCACACAACCAUCGAACAACACACAUCACAGCCACAGCCACCAUCACAGUCAGCUACAGCAGCGCAACUCAGCGCCCAUCAAUCGAGAAUCGAGCGUCGUCAGUAGUUCAACAGCAGUUGGCCGAGACAGCAGGCCAACAACACAAACGGUUAAUGGUAAUCAAUACGCUAAUUCGGCCGAAAAUAGACGUGGUUCGUCGGAUUUAGACGUAAUGGGGAAUCCCAAACAGCGUUAUUAUUUGGGCGAAGAUCCCUAUGCUGGAGGGCUUUUCGGCAAGGAGAAUAAAUACGACGCUGGAGCUGCAGCUAGAAGAGCUCGUGAAUCUCGAGACACAAUAGACUCCAAUUACCCGCGGGAAAACAGUGGACCAGUGACUGUAGCAAUAGCGCCUGCUGCACCACCUCCAUCAUCAUCAACCAGCCAGUACCAUCGAUCACGACGUGCUGGUUCCUCCGAUGAAAACAGGGAAAUCUACGUGCAAAGAAACAUCACAUCAAACACACUCGGAAGAUUUCAAAAAAAUAACCAUCGCAUUGGAUCAACACCAGAUCUAAAUUAUGACUACCGUAGUGCACAUACUCUACCCCGUAAAUUGGACAACCAUCAUCGUACACCAACAAGCCAACCACCCCAACAUCAUUCGUCAAAAAUUAAUGUUUCAAUUGUCAAUCAAUUAAAACCACCCCAAAAUACAGGCCCAGCCAAACCAGCUCGAACAUACAAGACUCUCAAUCGCAGCAAAAGUUUCAAUGUACACGGUUUGAACGGCACCAAUGAUCCUAGUCCCAUUUACAUAGAAAAGUUAACGAAAAACAAUUAUUCCAAUAAUAGCGCAAUUGGCAGCAGCAGCGGCAACAUGUACAAGUCGAAUCCUCAUCUUUAUGUGCCUGAGAAUGCCCCUUUGCAAAGUGGUCUUAAAAGUCCAUCUAUAGUCAAUCUUAUAAGUCGAAGUCAAAAGGAUCUUACAAGAAUUGACGAAACAGAUCGGCAUUACUCGAGUAAUCUUGGAGAGAGAAGGUUCUCAUCGACAGCUAACAAUUAUACCAACGGCAACGAGAGCAAACGCAAUGUCUUCCUUGAGGGACUUCGGGAUCAAGCACCUGACCUCUACAAAACACUCCACGGUGAUGAACCAGACCUUGCUUCACCACCGUCCAGGAAUGUUUACAAGUAUUCGCAUUUAACAGGUAAAGAUGCAAGUGCAUCUCCCUUAAGAGGUGGUUCUAGAUCUCCAGCUGUCGAAAUUAUCAGACGAGGAAGCUCCAGCACUGAAGACUAUUCGGAAACCUACAAGUAUUCGACUCGAUCAGAUGAUCCCAAUCGCCCCUUGGUCACUGACACCGUUCAAACUUUCUCCAAAAAGACUAUCCCGGCAAGAGAUGGUCGCGGUGUUGAGACAAUUCAGUCUUCGGAAAGACAGAGUGUGACCAAAAGCCAUCAAUAUCGGAGUGAUCCAAUGCCAAAGUACAUUGACGAACAGAAACGUCGUAACUUUGGCAAUGUUGGGGGCUCGACUAUUAUCGAAGUUCGACGGAAAUAGA